AUGAGCUACGCAGAGUACCCCGAAUUCGAGGGUAAAGCCUAUCAACAACGCUGGAACACAACCCAGUCGCAUACCACCAUCACGUCCGCUCUGCUCGGCGCUAUCAUCGGCCUAUACGUCCUCUUCAAAGCCUUGGACGUACUCGGAUUUCCUGUCUGGGAUUUUAUACAGCGCUUUCUCGAGAUGGCGACCGACGUCCUGCGUAUGCGCAGUGCCUCCUUCAGCUCAACAACCUCCAACACCAGCGACGACGACACCACACAACAGGGCGGCAUGUUCGGUAGCCUCUUUGGCAUGAGUCCGGGAAAUCUUCUACAGAAAGGGGUACGAGGUGUCGCGAACGCCUUCUCGCAUGGCCCCAGCGACGUGCCACCGGGCCUGGGCAAUAUCAGCAACUCUUGUUACCAGAACAGCGUUAUUCAAGGCCUCGCCUCCCUUCCAUCGCUACGCGAACACCUUUCCAAGACGACCUCCGCACACCCUGCGCUUACCUCCGAGAGCACAAAUGGCGCGUUAUUCGACAUCAUCACUAAGCUCAACGACCCUGCGAAUACAGGUCAGCAUUUCUGGAUACGUGGCAAGUUGAAGUCGAUGAGCACUUUCGAGCAGCAGGACGCGCAGGAAUAUUAUAGCAAGAUAUUGGAUGCGCUCGACGAGGAGGUCAAGAAGACUGCGAGCAGUAAGAGGCGAUCGUCUGUCUCGUGGCUUGAAGUUACGAAGAGCCUCAGUGACUCCAAGGACCUGGAUGAGAAAGCGCAAGACGGAACGAAAAACGGAUCGGAUACGACGGAUACAUCACCCCAGAUUCCAUCGAACCCGCUCGAGGGACGCCUCGCCCAGCGCGUUGGCUGCACAUCUUGCGGCUACUCUGAAGGCCUCACGCUCAUUCCGUUCAACUGCAUCACCGUAUCCCUUGGCAGGAACUAUAACUACGACGUCCGUGAAUGUCUAGACGAGUACACGACCCUAGAAUUCAUCGAUGGCGUCGAAUGCGCAAAAUGCACGCUGCUUAAGUUGGAGAAGACACUCGCGCCCCUAGUUGCUGGCAAGCCGGAAUCGCCGCUGAAGGCCAGGCUAGACGCUGUACAGGAAGCACUUGAAAAGGAGGAUUUCGAAGAUAAGACUCUGCUGAAGACUCUGAACGUGCCAAAGAAGAACUGGGUGCAGAGCACAAAGUCGAAACAGGCAGUCGUUGCGCGAGCGCCUCAAUCGUUAGUCCUUCACGUCAACCGAAGCAGCUUUAACGAGUAUACUGGUAUGCCGUUCAAGAACACCGCAGGCGUCGCAUAUCCAUCAGUGUUGGAUCUCGGAAACUGGUGCUUAGGUGGCCUUCCUCAUGGUUCACAAAAGCCCGCUGCGUCGGAAGAGGAGUGGCCAAAGGAUCCUAGACAGUCGAUGCUAGCAAGGGAUGAGCCCAUGACAGACUCGCCUUUCCAAUACCGACUGCGCGCCGCUGUCACACACUAUGGUUCGCAUGGUAACGGUCACUACGUCUGCUACCGCUCGCACCCUAAACCUGCGCCUAAGCCCAAGAGCGAUGAAGAUGCUGAUAAGUCAUCAACAAAAGACGAGGACGCCGAAGACGUUGUGAUGGAGGACUCACAAGAAGACUCAUCGGCAUCACAGCCAGAACAGUGGUGGCGCUUCAGCGAUGACAGCGUAUAUCCCGUAUCCGAGGAAGAAGCGCACCAAGGCAAUGUCUUCAUGCUCUUCUACGAGCGCAUCGACGAAAACACUCCUUCAGCGCCAGAUGCCAGAGUAGAGUCUACAUCCGGAGCAGAAGAGGCGCCCUUGCCACCAGCCGAUCUUCCCAUCGACGCAUCCACAGUCGUGGAUGAUGAAGCCAUCAAGGUCGCCCUGCCUGAAGACUCCGACGACGAUCUCCUCGACACCCUCCCCACACCAACACAACCACUUCCCUCUAUCGACCCUGCGUCACCCGCCUCCCCCUCCCUCACAAUCAGCACCCCCACCGAGCCCACUCUUCCAAUAGCCCAACACGUCCCCGAAACCGAAACCAGCGACGCAGAAUCCGACGACGCGCCUUCCACCCAACUCACCUCGGAUUACGAGUCUGAAACCGAUGUUUCGACGCCGCCGAAAUCUACGCCUACUUUGCCAAAGGUCAGUCCGCAUCUUAUGCGCACGGCAGGGAAUGCGUCGAGUAGAGGCGAUAGUGGGAGGCAGAGUUUGCCGUUGGUGUCGGCUACGUAG